UAUAAUCCAAUGGGACGAAAAUAAUCGAUGCAUAAAACGAGAGAAUAAAGAGCCUUCGAAAAAUAUUGUCAAAAUGUCUGAAAGUUUUAAGAAAUGUUGUACAGUACGAUUGGCAUAACUUCAGUGACUUAAGUGAGCAUGUAAUCAUGAAACGUGCAGAGCCACGAGGAUCUUUUUCCUUUUUCGAUAUUGAAGUGAAAGUUGUGUGACAAAAUGGUGUUUUGUGAAUAUUUUAUGGCGAAACGUAAAAGAUCUUUGGGAAAAUGCACCGAAUAGGCUGUGAGAUUAAAAAACAAAAAAAAAAUUUCAAUAUUUUUCACGUACAACAUUCAUUUUGUCAUAAACUCGUAGUCGCAUCGAUCGAGGCAAACGGCAAACGGAAAAGGCCUGCGUUUAGUGGCAAGAAUUCUUGCAAUUUUCCUUACGUAACGAGCUGAUAAAAUGUGGAGAAAUUUGAUAAAAGAGCAGGCGCGUUUAAAACGAGAAGCCAAGGUCGAUCCUCCGCGAGGGCUGUCAACGCUGAUGAAAGUGCGAAGCCACUCGCUGCCUCUUUUGCUGCGAGCUCAAUUCCGAUAAACUUGAAUCUUAUGCAAAAGUUCCGAACCACCACAGAUAACGAUACAAUAAAUAUGUUGUAAUGUUGUAACUUUUGCUGUGAAAUUAGUGAACAUGGAAAAAUUUUGAGCGUUUUCUACUUCGCUGCACCAAAUCCAAACUGGGCUACAGCUAGACCCGAAAAUUUGUGCGUCCAUAAAUGAGAGCAGCUCGAAACAAAAUGAGAUAAUUCUCUGGCACUUGGACUCGCGUUGACGUUUUAAAAAGUGAAGAAUUGCCGCCACAGGCGAUUCGAACGCGAACGGAUUUUGAGAACCGCUGUCAGCUGCGAGGGGGGACUCUGCGAGCCUUCGUGGCUUCGAUACGAAAAGUACAAUAUCGAAAGAUGAGAGGGGAACUUGCUGAGCGUGUUCUUUCAAAAGCGCUGCUCGAUCCUGGUGUUUCGUACGUGCGAACCGGCUCAAAUUAACACACGCAUGCCCACGCACACAGAAGUGUGCGCCUAUAACGCGAUAAACGUUGGGACUGAUUCGAGCCGGUCACAAACUAUACACUCGCGUGCGCUCGACUUGACGCUCGAUCAAAAGCUCGAUCAUUCGACAGGAGAAUGGCAACGAACUUGCGUGGUGUCGUACUCUCAGGAACGGACUUUGCCAAAGAAGUUCGACAAUCCUUGGCAAAAGAUGUGGCAGCAAUGAAAGAAAAAGUACGAGAUUUCGCUCCUGGUUUAGCGAUCGUUCAGGUCGGCGGUAGAGAAGAUUCCAAUGUGUACAUUCGCAUGAAGAAACAGGCAGCCGACGAGAUAGGAAUAAAAGCUUCUCACAUAAAGUUACCAAACACAACAACAGAAAUGGAGCUUUUGAGCAAGCUCAACAAACUCAACACCGACCCAGCGAUUCAUGGAAUUAUAGUUCAGAUGCCUCUGGAUACAGUCAACAAAAUCGAUUCUCAUUUGAUCACUGAUUCGGUCUCACCAGCCAAGGAUGUCGAUGGGCUCAAUACAAUCAACGAGGGAAGAGUGGCGAUUGGCGACAUGACUGGCUUUUUACCAUGUACGCCAAUAGGAUGCAUCAAGCUCAUUCAAAAAACCGGCGUCCAAAUAGCUGGAGCUCAAGCUGUUGUUUUAGGCAGAAGUAAAAUCGUCGGAACACCCAUCGCCGAAUUACUAAAAUGGCACCAUGCGACUGUCACGGUUUGCCAUUCGCGGACAAAAGACAUUCCGCGAAUCGUAUCGCAAGCUGAUAUUGUCGUUGUCGCCAUCGGUUCGCCAGAAUUCGUCCAAGGAUCAUGGAUCAAGCCUGGCGCAGUCGUUAUCGACUGUGGUAUAAACUCUAUACCUGAUGCUACGAAAAAGUCUGGCUCGCGGCUCGUUGGUGAUGUUGCUUAUAAAGACGCUGCAGAAGUAGCAUCGUACAUAACACCGGUUCCUGGUGGAGUUGGACCAGUGACUGUUGCGAUGUUGAUGAGAAACACCGUCAUCUCGGCGCAGCGGGUAGUCGAAAAAUUGUUCGAGAACAAAUGGAACCUUCGAGCUCUUCGUUUGAACGUAACUGAACCAGUUCCAAGUGACAUUGAAAUAUCGCGUGGCCAGGAGCCCAAACCCAUCAGCAUGUUGGCCGAAGAAAUUGGUCUCCUACCGAACGAGCUCAGUCCUUAUGGAGCCAAAAAGGCUAAAAUCAGUCUGAACGUUCUGAAAAGACUGAAAAAUCAAACGGAUGGUAAAUACGUCGUUGUCGUCGGCAUAACGCCAACGCCUUUCGGCGAGGGCAAAAGCACUACGACUCUUGGACUGGUGCAAGCUCUUUCCGCUCACAAGGGCAAAAAUUCCUUCGCUACCCUGAGACAACCGAGCAUGGGUCCCACGUUUGGUGUCAAAGGUGGCGCUGCUGGCGGAGGCUACUCCCAGGUAAUACCAAUGGAAGAGUUCAAUCUGCACUUGACCGGUGACAUCCACGCCGUAACUGCAGCAAACAAUCUACUCGCUGCUCAAAUAGAUGCAAGAUAUUUCCACGAAUCGACUCAAACCGACAAAGCCCUUUACGAUAGACUGGUACCUGCAAUCAAAGGAGUUAGAAAAUUUUCAAAAAUUCAACUGAAACGUCUGCAUAAACUUGGAAUCAACAAAACCGAUCCGGCGAGUCUCACCGAAGAGGAACAAUCGAAAUUCGCGAGACUCGACAUCGAUCCCGAAAGAAUAACUUGGACAAGAGUUGUCGAUUUAAAUGAUCGAUUCCUACGUAAAAUAACGAUCGGUCAGAGUCCUACGGAAAAGGGGCACCACCGGGAAUCUUCGUUCCGAAUUUCUGUUGGAUCUGAAAUCAUGGCGAUUCUCUCACUUGCCACUGACGUCGAAGACAUGAAAAAAAGACUGGGCGAGAUCGUUGUCGCAUUCAACAAGAAGGGAGAGCCUCUGACGGCCGAAGAUUUCGGCAUGACCGGAGCAAUGGCCGUGUUAUUGAAGGACGCGAUCGAACCGAAUCUCAUGCAGAGUAUCGAAGGUACUCCGGUUCUCGUGCAUACGGGACCGUUUGCGAACAUCGCCCACGGUUGUUCGUCGAUAAUUGCUGACGCAUUGGCUCUGAAGCUCGUCGGGCCGGACGGGAUCGUUGUCACUGAAGCUGGUUUCGGCUCAGACAUUGGAAUGGAAAAAUUCUUCGAUAUUAAAUGCCGAACUUCCGGUCACGUGCCGAACGCUAUUGUCCUCGUGGCGACGGUGAGAGCACUGAAGAUGCACGGUGGCGGACCAACUGUGACUCCUGGGGCACCCUUGAAGAGAGAGUACACCGAAGAACAUCUCGAUCUUGUGGAAAAAGGUUUGCCAAAUCUUCUGAAACACAUCAGCAACGGUAAUAAGUUUGGUGUGCCCGUUGUCGUCGCUAUCAACAAACACGCAUCCGAUACGCCAGCGGAGCUCGAAUUGGUAAGAGUGGCAGCUUUGAAGGGAGGUGCAACGAGCGCUGUCGUCUGUAAUCAUUGGGCAAAGGGUGGCGAGGGAGCUUGUCAUUUAGCUGACGCUGUAUUGGAGGCCAUCGAAAAACCGAACGAAUUCAAGUUCCUUUAUGAUAAUGAUCUAAGCAUCGUAGAAAAAAUCAAUGUCAUUGCCCGAGAAAUGUACGGAGCUGGCCAAGUUAUUCUCGCAGAUACGGUCAAAGAGAAAAUAGCUCAAUACAGCAAAUUAGGAUACGACAAAUAUCCACUUUGCAUGGCAAAGACUUCAAACUCGUUGACUGGCGACGCAGCUAUCAAGGGAGCUCCGACAGGUUUCCCACUCAACAUUACCGACAUUUUUGUCUCUACCGGAGCGAAAUUCGUCGUACCCAUGGUUGGAGAGAUAAUGCUGAUGCCUGGUUUAGCUACUCGACCUGCUGUAUACGAUAUGGACUGGAAUCAUGAAACCGAUGAGAUCGAGGGAUUGUUUUAGUCGGAAGAGAUUCAUCGUAAAGUUUUUUAAUGUUAAAUAUUGUUAUAAAUAUAUUUCUGUAUAAGAGGCAAGCUUCGUAAAGUGUCAACAGAGCACAUCUAUUUUCCUACAUUUUUGUUUAUUAUAACAUGUUUAAUACAAUAUGUACAGGUUACAAUAAAUCUUGUCGACAGAGAUGUCGCACUUUGUGAAAGCAAA